AUUUAAUACAUACAAUGUUGAAUUCCACAAGCAAACAAUUGCCAAACCAUUUAAAGCUAGCUACUUUUUUCAUAGAGACUAUAUCAAUACUAUUUCAAAGAGAGAGAGAAGCCAAACAAGAAAAGAAACCCGUGAAGGUCUCUCCAACCUUCAACCCCCCAAACCCUUUGAAAUUACUUUGAAAAAGAAUUGAUUGGUGAAGUGGCAGGCUUUAACUUUCUGAACUUGAUUCAAUGGCAGCAAAGGAAGAUCACAUUCAAAUCUUGGUAGGGAGUUGAUAUAGGAUUUUAUGCAAUGAAGUGCUUCUACUACUUCAAGGAGAAAACAAGGAGCAGGGAACAAAAAUCAGCUCCAGAACUGAAAGAACAGAGGAAAUCUGAUUAUUCGGGAGCUGAUAGGGUGAUUCAGUCUUCCUGCUCAGAAAAUUCACCGCGCGGUAUACCCGAAUUGUACGAAGAGAAGGCUCAUAAUUUGCGAGUAUUUACUUUCCAAGAGCUCAGGCAUGCGACAAACGAUUUCAGCAGGCUGCUUAAGAUUGGAGAAGGUGGAUUUGGGAAUGUUUAUAAAGGUUCAAUUAAGCCUGCUGAUGCCAAGGGCGAUCCAAUCGUGGUCGCCAUUAAAAAGCUUAACAAUGAUGGCUUACAGGGUCACAAACAAUGGGUGGCGGAAGUUCAAUUUCUCGGUGUUGUGGAGCACCCAAAUCUUGUCAAACUAAUAGGAUACUGUGCUGUGGAUGGAGAAAGAGGGAUUCAACGACUGCUAGUCUACGAAUAUAUGCCAAACAGAAGUUUGGAAGACCAUCUAUUUAACAAGGCAUACCCAGCUAUUCCUUGGGAGACAAGAUUGCAGAUAACACUUGGAGCAGCUGAAGGAUUAGUUUAUCUUCAUGAAGGAUUGGAAAUUCAGGUAAUAUAUCGAGAUCUUAAAUGCGCGAAUGUGUUACUGGAUGAGAAUUUUAAACCAAAGCUUUCUGACUUUGGGCUUGCAAGGGAGGGGCCAAUGGUUGGCCAUACUCAUGUUUCAACUGCAGUAGUGGGGACAUACGGGUAUGCUGCACCAGAUUACGUUGAGACAGGCCAUCUCACAACUAAGAGUGACGUAUGGAGUUUCGGUGUGGUGCUGUAUGAGAUUCUUACAGGCAGACGGUCGUUGGAGAGAAACCGUCCAAGAACAGAGCAGAGACUCUUAGAAUGGGUGAAACAGUUCCCUCAUGAUGGCAAAAAGUUCGGCUUGAUAAUGGAUAGCCGGCUUGAAAACAAGUAUUCGAUCAGCGCAGCAAGAAAAAUUGCUAGGUUGGCUGAUAGUUGUCUGUCGAAGAGUGCAAAAGAUCGGCCAACAAUGAGUCAGGUAGUAGACACAUUGAAGAAGAUUAUUCAAGAAACAGGAGGAGGAAAUACAUCUGAGAGAAGUCCUGAAUCUGUUGAAAACGAGCAACUUGACUCAGUAAAAAAUCAGAGCCAAUUGGGGGCCUCGGCAUCAUGGAAGAGACGAAUGAAUCACUUGGCCAAACUAGGUGAGCAAGUGGAGAGUGCUAGCAGAAGAAGAUUCAUGAUCAUGCAGAGGGCAAAGGUUACUUGAUGGUGUUUCAUUCAGCUUUGCUGAAUCUUGUUUCAAUGGCAGGGUUGUUUUUGAGGACAGAGGAUUAGAAAACUACUGCAGAAAAGGUGAAAGAGCAUAAGUGAGCUAAAUUGGAUGGCUAUUUUUGUAAAGUUGUUAAUGCCAUCAGACAAUUCUAAUGUAGGUUCUGUAAGAAUCAGCCUUUCCCACGUAUAGGUUAUUUAAUAAUGAAA